UCACCCCAUCAAGGACUUUCUCUCUCUCUUCCCUUGCCUACUUUUUUCUUCUUUCCUCUUCUUCUUCUCUUUCCCUUGCAACUACAAAUAUUUAUGAUAAAACAUUGAUACAUUUUGUUUGAGGAGCUGACAUAUAUCAUCUCUGAUCGUUUAAAAAUAUGGAGCAGCUUGUCAACUUCAUCAUUCGACCACCAAGAGCUGAAUAUGAUCCAAAACGUGAUUUAUUGGACCAUGAGUUCGUGCUAAAAGGGAAAUGGUUUCAAAGGAAGGACGUGGAGGUAAGAUAAAGAACAGCCGUGGUGAUGUUCUUCAAUGCAGUCAUUACUUGCCUAUUGUCAGUCCUGAUGGAAAGCCUCUGCCCUGCGUAAUAUAUUGCCAUGGAAACAGUGGAUGCAGGGCUGAUGCCAGUGAAGCUGCUAUAAUUUUACUUCCUUCAAAUAUUACAGUUUUUACCCUGGAUUUCUCGGGAUCUGGAAUUUCUGGAGGGGAGCAUGUCACAUUAGGAUGGAAUGAAAAGGAUGAUCUGAGAGCUGUGGUCAACUAUCUGCGGACAGAUGGAAAUGUCUCUCUGAUUGGCUUAUGGGGACGCUCAAUGGGUGCUGUGACUAGCCUUAUGUAUGGAGCCGAGGAUCCUUCAAUUGCAGGGAUGGUUUUAGACAGUCCCUUCUCUGAUUUGGUUGAUUUGAUGAUGGAACUUGUAGAUACAUACAGAAUCCGUCUGCCAAAAUUCACAGUGAAGUUUGCAAUUCAAUACAUGCGAAGAACAAUCCAGAAGAAGGCAAAAUUCGACAUCGUGGACUUGAACACCAUUAAGGUAGCAAAAUCUUGUUUUGUUCCUGCAUUACUAGGGCAUGCCAUUGAUGAUGAUUUUAUACAUCCUCAUCACUCGGAUCGUAUACUCGAGGCUUACAUGGGAGACAAAAACAUAAUUAAAUUUGAGGGAGAUCACAACUCUCCACGCCCUCAGUUUUAUUUUGAUUCCAUAAACAUCUUUUUCCACAAUGUUUUGCAACCUCCAGAGGAUGAGCUUGGGGAAUCAUUUUUUGACAUUACGAAUGAUUGCUUUGGUAAGGGUGUUUGGAGAUCUGUGCAUGAAUUAGGCUGUGGCAAUAAACCAUCAUCUGAAAACAAAGAACCAUCAACAAGCAGUACUGUGGAUGCCAUUAAGCAAGUUCGUUCAAAAAGACCAAUGAGUCGGAUGGAGGUUCCAUCAGAUAUUUCUUCAAAAGAUGAACAUCGUGACCAUGAGCAGGAAGAGAAAUGUGAUGAUCUUUCCUCCUCAUCAUCAACAAUGAUUAGCUUUGAACUAUCAAAUAAUGAUCUCCAUGGUCCCCAUGUUCCAACCACAUCGGAUGAUGAUCAGUAUGUAGAAUAUCAACUUGAUGACCUUGAAGGCUUUCCAUCUAGUGCUGAGGAAGAAGAAAGAAUGUUCAUGGAAGCAGUGAUCAAGUCACUGAAAGAACUGGAAACAAGAAAUCCAGAGGUUGAGCAACCACCCGUCAGCAGUUUUAGUACUACCAUGUGUGUAGAGCCAUCAGAUCAAGAUGGUUCAGAUGCUUCUUCACAUGAAAUUUCCAAACCUAUGGAGACAGAAUCAUCUUUUGUCAAGCACAGCAUGCAUUCAACAGAAGAAACAACUUCCACUGCAUCUGAUGUAUGUGGGCCCUUGAAAGCUGAGUCAAAUUCUAUUUUAGUGAUUCAUUCCCAUAAUUUGGCAUCUGAACCAAGUUCAGUACCAUGUCUUUCAUCAAGUGCAGCAUCACCAACACCACCAUUAGACACUUCAUCAGUCACUGAGUCUGGUGAUAAUUCUGCUAGCGUACAAAGUUCAUUAGACACUGACAUAUCACAUAAUACAAAAGCAACCUUAACUGUUGUUAGGAAUCCACCAGGCCAUGUCAUGAACGGCUUAAUGCGUCGUUGGGAUUUCAAAUUUUUCAGAAACAGCCGUAACCGAUAAGAUGAGAGUGUCUCAUUUAUCUAGAGUUGAUUAUAGUUAUACAUUUUUUUUUAAACUAAAAAAAUUUACAGUUUGUAAAAUGCUUGACAAAAAAAAAAGUUGUUAGUAUGUAAACUUAGUAUGUUUAGAUUAUCAUCUAACGAAUCUUCUAAUAUUCUUCGAGUGUAAGAGAGAAUUGUUGUGUUUUUACCCGCUCAAACAAAGAUUUGUGGA